CAUUGAUGUUUGUAAUUGUAUCAUGUUUCUGAUAAUGCAUGCGGAAGUUUUCUGUCAGUUAGUUUUUUUUUUUUUACUCUUUUUUUUUUCUUUCUUUCCUUGUUUCAGUUAGUAUUCUUUCUUCAAAACUCUUUGUUUCUGGCCAUGUUUCUGAUAAUGCAUGCGUGUUUUUUGUCAGUUAGUUUUUUUUUUUUUACUCUUUUUUUUUUCUUUCUUUGUUUCAGUUAGUAUUCUUUCUUCAAAACUCUCUGUUUCUGGCCAUGUUUCUGAUAAUGUCUUGGUUGUAUCAAUUAUGAAAUUCUCCUUUGAUCUCAAAACAAUGUUCUCAUUUGGUUCUACAAAAUGAUGUCACUUAAAAUGAUAUAUGGACUGAGAAGUUGCAAUAUGAUGUUGACUAUUGGGCAACUUGUCUGACUCCUUGAAAUAUUAAUAAUUUUCAAGGAUGGACAAACAUUUUGAUGAUGACCUAUUCUUCACCACUCUAUUGCAAAGUGGAGGAGGUUGUGAUAGCACCCAAACGCAACAUGAUAAUGUUGUUGUCCAAGCAACUCCAAAUGACGGUGAAAAGAGGCAUUUUUAAAAAAAAGUCAACGAGGUGCAUCUUUUACCGUUGAAGAAGAUAACCUCCUCAUCUUAGCUUGGCUCAAUAUUAGCAUCGAUACAAUUAGAGGUACUGAUCAAAAGUCUACUUAAAUGUGGGAAAGAAUUACCACAUUUUAUCAUGAAUAUAAAAAACUGAACAUUGCCAAUCAUUCUGAAGGGUCUUUGAUGAAUCGGUGGUCCACGAUUCAAAAAUGGACCAAUAAAUUUUGUGCAUAUAUAGCACAGGUAGAGUCAUUGCACCCAAGUGGUGCAACGGAGCAAGACAAGAUUGAGAAAGCGAAGGUGUUGUACAAAGAGAUUGUUGGGAGUAAUUUCACAAUGGAGCAUUGUUGGUGUCUUCUGAGACACCAACCAAAAUGGCAGCAACACAUCUUCACCUUUAGUCAGAAGAGAAAGUCACCUGAAAAAGUGACUAAUGUUGUUGAUGUUGACCAAGCGAAGAAGGACAUAGAGGUUCUUCCUGAGAGACCUCCAGGCAAAAAGGCUGAGAAAGAAAUGGAGAGGAAGCGGAAGUUCAUGGAAGGAAACGAUGGUGAGAUCAAGAUUGUUUUGGCCAAAAUGACCGAGGAUCGAGCGACGACCAUGGAAGAGCGUAGAAAUGCGACCUUGAAGGCAGACCUAGAGAGAUUAGCAGUAUUUGAACUUAAAAAAAAAAAAAAAAUUGAAGUAAAGAUGAUAUUACUAGAUCUAAGUAGCCUGAAUGCCAUGCAACAAGAAUAUUUUGGCUACAUUCAACGAAAAAUUUUUGAGGAAUAUCUGAAGGAUACCGGGGGGAUAUCUACAUCUCCUUCGACACCUUAUAGAGGUGUCUAAUUUAUAAAUGUUGGUUAUGGAGAUUAUUUUUUUGAUUGUAGUGGCAUUUUUUGUGGACUGUUGUUUGUAUAUUUAUGGACUGUAUUGGAAAUAUGCAAACAAAGUAUUAUAGAUGUUAGUAUUAUUUCAAA